UCUUUCUCAUGUCAUGAAUGGUUUGUACCCGCCACAUUGUGAACAUAAGCCGUUAUAUGAUAAUCUUGAAAGACUUAGAGAGGUAGGAAUUAUAGACGCUAUCAACUUCACUGGAUGUUUACCACAGUGCGGUAUAUGUGAACAUCCACUAAAUGAGUCCGACUAUAUACUCUACAACAUCAUUGUGAGCGGUAUCAUACUACCGCUUAUCGGUUCUCUGGGGCUCAUUGGGAAUGGGCUUUCAGCUUUUGUUUACAGUCGCCCAGAGAUGCGCACAUCUACAAAUCUUUAUCUGUGCGCAUUGGGCUGUUCCGAUAGUGCCGUCAUCUUAACGGGAAUAUUUCUCUUUUUCCUCGAAAGCGUAAGAAAAUUCUCACUAAGCUUAACGCGAAUAUUUGGUUUAUUUUCGCCUAUUGUAUUUCCUAUGGGUAUGACGGCACAAGCGUGUUCGGUGUACUUCACUAUUUUUGCUGGAACCGAUUGUUUUGCUCAGGGCACUGUACUUAACAUUGGUGCAAAUCCA